UCUUCUGCUGUCAGCGAUGGCGUCUGCUAAACUGAGAGCUGAGCUGGAAUGUUCCGUCUGUCUGAACAUUUAUACAGAUCCUGUAAACCUGAGAUGUGGACACAACUUCUGCCGGGUCUGUAUUGAUCGUGUGCUGGAUACACAGGAGGGGUCUGGAGGAUAUUCCUGUCCUGAAUGCAGAGAGAAGUUUCCGGAUCGGCCUGCACUGCAGAGGAACAUAACACUACGUAACAUAGUGGAGAAUUUCCUGUCUGUUCAACCAGAUCAGGAGGAGUCCAAGGUCUUCUGUACUCACUGUGUGGACUCUCCUGUACCUGCUGUUAGAUCCUGUCUGCACUGUGAGGUUUCUCUGUGUGAUAAACACCUGAGAGUCCACAAAAAGUCCCCAGAACACGUCUUAUGUGACCCCACCUUGUCCAUGGAGAGCAGGAAAUGCUCCGUCCAUAAGAAGAUCCUGGAGUAUUACUGCACUGAGGAUAAUACUUGUAUCUGUAUGUUUUGUGUAACUGGAAAACAUAAAGGACACCAGGUGGAGAUGCUGGAUGAGGCUUCCGGGAAGAAGAAGAAGAAACUGAGGAAUGUUCUGCAGAAACUUCUGACAAAGAGAAUGGAGACGGAGGAAAGAGUCCAGAGUCUGCAGGAACACAGGAGGAAAGUAGAAGAAGAAGCAGCUGGUGACACCGAGAGAGUCACUGUCCUGUUUAGAGAUCUCAGGAGACGUCUGGAAGAUCUGGAGAAGAGAGUCCUGAGGGAAAUCUCCGGGAGGGCAGAGCGGAUCUCCAUCUCCAUCCGGGAUCUGGAAAUAAAGAAGGAGGAGCUGUCCAGGAAGAUGCGUCACAUUGAGGAGCUGUGUAACACGGCGGAUCCACUGACUGUCUUACAGGAAUCAGACACAGGUGACUUGUGUGAUACUGAGGAUGGAGAUAAUGAGGACAGAGAGAGACAUGAGAAGCUCCUCCAUGAUGGAGGGGGUCUGGAUGUGGCUGGGAUAUCACACACAUUACACACAUUAUCUGAUAUAAUAAGAGAGGUAAAUGUAGACUUCUAUAUACAGGGAGCUGCAGACAUAUUACUGGAUGUAAAUACAACUAAUAAUUAUCUCCAUAUAUCAGAUGACAGGAAAACUGUAUCCAGGUCAGAUAGAAACCAGAAUCGUCCAGAAACUCCAGAGAGAUUUCAGCGUUAUACUCAGGUGUUGAGCAGUCAGAGUUUCUCCUCAGGGAGACAUUACUGGGAAGUGGAUGUCGGGGGAUCAGAUGACUGGAGAGUCGGGAUGUGUUACCCCAGUAUAGACAGGAGAGGAGAUCAGUCAGCGAUUGGAAAUAAUAACAAUUCCUGGUGUUUCUACAGGAAUGAUAAUAAGUAUGCAGUGAGACAUGACAGUAAUAAGAUCCUCUUACCCUCAAAUAUCUCCAGUAACAGAGUCAGGAUAUAUCUGGAUUAUGAGGCCGGGCGGAUCUCCUUUUAUGAUCUGUGUGACCCGAUCCGACACCUCCACACCUUCACCACCACCUUCACUGAGCCCCUCCAUGCUGGGAUAUAUGUAUGGGAAGGUUGUAUAAAGAUCUGUGGGGGGAAUCAGGAGAUGUGAGAAGUCUGUCCAGAGACUGGUGACAUCACAGGAAAAGGGGGGAUGAGAUUACUGAAAGGAUAAUUAACUAACCGACUCCUGGAAUCACUUCUAUUGAACAGUCACUAGGACAAGAAGAUUGACACUCUGCCCCUCCCUCACAUGUGCCCUCUUUGUGUGGGGUGGCAGCAAUGAACAGAUUCAGAGGAUGCAGUGCGGUCAUUGUGACGUGGUCACCUCUCCUCUAUUUCCUCUUCCUAUUUCAUGUACACUGAGGAGUGGUGUCAUUGUUGGCGUCAUAGUCGGUGUUGGCGGCUCUAAGAUGGACAUUGCUGUGCAGCAUGUUCUCUGGUCUCAUGUGUUCUCCAUAAUGUGUGAGGCUUUAUGUAGAAUAUCACACUCACCCAUCGGUGGGGAAGCCGAGCAGGAGACUGAAGAACAGGAUGUACUGUGACAUACACUUCAGUGCUGCUAACAGUGACACCGACACCACUCUUCAGUGUACAUGGAAUAGGAGGAGGAAAGAGAGGAGAGGUGACCACAUCCUAUCCCAUCACAGUGACCACACUGCACUCUGUACAUCUAGGAGAGGUCACAUGAACCCAUUUGGGGGGAGGGGACUAGGAAGGACAGAAGUGAGGUCUGGUAGAUGGUGGUGGGUGAUGAGCUCCAUCUGUACUGGGAGGAGUCAUGGAGAUCGGGGGAGGGGAGAGGGGUAAAGGGUGACAAUAGAUCAGGUUGGGGUAGGGGCAGAUACAAGUUCCCUGGCUGUCAUUCUGAUCCAAUGGCUUCCAUAGUCUCUAGGUAACUGACCCAGAACAAGUAUUCAGAUUUGUCAUUUUCAAUGAACUUGGAUUUCUUCAUCUGCUGAUUGUUCCAGGUCAGUGUCUGAAAGUACUGAGACAAUACCAGAGACAGCCAGGCAAACAGCAUUUUCAGAAGGGGUCUAGCAUUGUCUUCGCCAUAGUCCCCUCAUUACAGGUUUCAUUAAGGCCCCA